AUCCAUUAAACCACAUUAGAAGUUUGAACCCCAUCCAUAAAGCAGCUUAUAAAAGCAGGUGUGUGUGUGUGUGUCAGUGGGUGAUGUCCACCAUGGUUUACCCUCGUGACGAGGCUCUGGAGCGGCUGACGCAGGAUGAUAUCGUGCUCAACACUAAAGCGGUGAUGCAGGGUUUGGAGACGCUGCGAGGGGAACACGCUCAACUCCUCAACACCAUCCUGGACUGCAGUCAACCAGCCGGAGCGCAGGAGAAAUCCAGACUGCUGCGCAAGAGCCUGGAGGACAUCGAGCUAGGCCUGGGGGAAGCACAGGUGAUCAUCGCUCUGUCGGGUCAUCUGAGCGCUGUGGAGUCAGAGAAGCAGAAGCUGCGUGCUCAGGUGCGUCGUCUCUGUCAGGAGAACCAGUGGCUGCGGGACGAGCUGGCGAAUACCCAACACAAGCUGCAGAAGAGCGAGCAGAGCGUCGCACAGCUGGAGGAGGAGAAGAAGCAUCUGGAGUUCAUGAACCAGAUCCGCAAGCUGGACGAGGACACAUCGCCCUCUGAGGAGAAGGCUGGGGAGAAGGAGAAGGACAAUCUGGAUGACCUGUUCCCCAACGAUGACGACCAGGGGCCAGGUGAG